GGAAACGGGUUCUGGUCGCUAAUCAUCAUUCACGCAGUGUUGCCAUUGGAAAGAGAAAUCCAAGUGAAGAUUAUCUACUGAUGAGUACAGACCUAACGGACGAGAGCUAUGCCAAUUAUCACGGAUAUUGCUAUGGUUGUAGCAACAGUGACAGGCAGCGGCAGUCCCUGGGGAAAUCCAGGCGUCAGGCCGCGAGGGGGCCGGCCUACAUGUUUAAUGCACGCUCUGAAAGCCUUUCCAUGAUGGAAGAACGUCUCCUGGAUGCGGCUGAGUAUGGCAACAUCCCCGUGGUGCGAAAGAUGCUUGAGGAGUUGCCCGAGCUCAACGUCAACUGUGUGGACUACAUGGGCCAGAAUGCACUGCAGUUGGCUGUGGCCAAUGAACACCUUGAGGUGACUCAGAUCUUGUUGAAAAAGGACAACCUGGCACGGAUAGGGGAUGCACUCCUGCUGGCCAUCAGCAAAGGAUACAUCCGCAUAGUGGAAGCUAUUUUGAGUCAUCGGGCCUUUGCUGAUGCCCAGAGGCUGACAGUCAGCCCCAGCCAGGUCGAGAUGAUGCACGACGACUUCUAUGCCUACGACGAGGACGGCACCAGGUUCUCACAUGACAUCACGCCCAUAAUUCUGGCCUCCCACUGCCACGAGUAUGAGAUUGUGCACAUACUGCUGAGCAAGGGUGCUCGGAUUGAGAGGCCACAUGACUACUUUUGCAAGUGCAAUACUUGUGGCUACCACCAGAAGCAUGACUCCUUCAGCCACUCCCGCUCUCGCAUCAAUGCCUACAAGGGGCUGGCCAGCCCGGCUUACCUCUCCUUGUCGAGUGAGGACCCAGUCAUGACAGCUCUGGAGCUAAGCAAUGAGCUGGCAGUGCUGGCUAACAUUGAGAAAGAGUUCAAGAACGAUUAUAAGAAGCUGUCUAUGCAAUGCAAAGACUUUGUGGUGGGGCUUCUGGACCUAUGUCGGAAUACUGAAGAAGUGGAGGCCAUUUUGAAUGGUGACAUCGACUCCGAUCAUAGCUGUGAACCCUCAGGUCAACAAAGCCUUAUUCGGUUAAAACUGGCCAUAAAAUACGAACUGAAAAAGUUUGUGGCACAUCCUAAUUGCCAGCAGCAGCUCCUGUCCAUCUGGUAUGAGAACCUAAAUGGGCUUCGGCAGCAGACCACCGCCAUCAAAUUCCUGGUUGUCAUGGGUGUGGCCAUAGGUCUACCCUUCCUGGCCAUGGUGUACUGGAUUGCCCCAUGCAGCAAGUUGGGAAAGAUCAUGCGUGGUCCUUUUCUGAAAUUUGUCGCCCAUGCUGCGUCCUUCACCAUUUUCCUUGGCCUUCUUGUCAUGAAUGCGUCAGACCGCUUCGAUGGAACAAAGCUGCUGCCAAACAUGACCAUUCAUGACCACCCGAUGCAGCUGUUCCGCAUGAAGACCACCCCUUUCACCUGGAUGGAGAUUAUGAUCAUUUUGUGGGUCAUAGGGAUGAUCUGGGCAGAGUGCAAGGAGAUCUGGUCCCAAGGCCCCAGGGAAUAUCUUUUGGAACCUUGGAACCUUCUAGACUUUGGAAUGCUUGGCAUUUUUGUGGCAUCCUUCAUUUCAAGGUUCAUGGCAUUCUGGCAUGCAUACAUAGCACAGAGCUAUGUUGACAAACACUAUACUGACCUAUCGAACAUAACCCUGCCCUUUGAAAUAGAAUACUACCGGCUGGCUCGGAUAAAGUGGCUCCCCUCAGACCCGCAGCUGAUUUCAGAGGGUCUGUAUGCAAUCGCAGUGGUGCUGAGCUUCUCGCGCAUAGCCUACAUCCUGCCAGCCAAUGAGAGCUUUGGGCCACUGCAGAUCUCACUGGGGCGGACAGUAAAGGACAUCUUUAAAUUCAUGGUGAUUUUUAUCAUGGUUUUUGUGGCCUUCAUGAUUGGGAUGUUCAACCUAUACUCAUACUACCUGGGAGCCAAGCAGAAUGAUGCAUUUACAACAGUUGAGGAAAGCUUUAAAACAUUAUUUUGGGCUAUAUUUGGACUCUCCGAAGUGAAGUCUGUUGUCAUUAACAAUGGACACAAGUUCAUCGAGAAUAUUGGCUAUGUCCUUUACGGGGUUUACAAUGUGACCAUGGUCAUCGUCCUGCUAAACAUGCUGAUUGCCAUGAUAAACAGCUCAUUCCAGGAAAUCGAGGAUGACGCUGAUGUAGAGUGGAAGUUUGCCAGAUCUAAGCUCUGGUUCUCUUACUUUGAGGAGGGCAGGACUCUUCCUGUCCCCUUUAACCUGGUGCCCAGCCCAAAGUCAGUCAUGUGUGCAGUACUGCAUAUCAGAGACAUCCUAAUGCUACUGCUGCACAGAAGAGAGAAGGCUGGGAAGGGUGACGCAGAGCUGAACGAGCUGGGCAAAAGCCAGGAUUCGUGUGACAGAAGUUCACCUUGCCCAAGACGGUACCAGAAAAUAAUGAAACGGCUCAUCAAACGUUACAUUCUCAAGGCACAAAUUGACAAAGAAAGUGAUGAAGUUAAUGAAGGUGAGCUGAAGGAGAUCAAACAGGACAUCUCUAGCCUACGCUAUGAGCUCCUGGAGGAAAAAUCCCAUAACAUGGAAGACCUGGCCGAGCUGAUCAGGAGGCUCGGAGAGAAAGUGCCCAUUGUGCCCAAGCAGCAGUGA